AUGGGCGGUGGGUGCCGGGCCCGGGCCCCGCCGGCCGCGGGGCUUCGGCUGCUGCUCGCCCACGCCGUGCUGCUCUGCGCCGCCGGGAGCGCCGCCGGCACCGGCUCCGUGAAUCCCUGUUGCUAUUUCCCCUGCCAGAACCAAGGGGUGUGUGUGAGGGUCGGCCUGAGAGGAUACGAGUGCGACUGCACCCGGACCGGGUACUACGGGGCCAACUGCAGCUCCCCUGAGUUCUGGACACGUCUCCACAACCUGCUGAAGCCCAGUCCUGCCUUCUACCACUUCAUCCUGACCCACUUCAAGUGGUUUUGGGACAUUAUCAACAGCACCUUCAUCAGGGACACGCUCAUGAGGCUCGUGCUGACAGUUCGUGCCAAUCUCAUCCCCAGCCCCCCCACUUUCAACUCUGACUAUGGCUACAUCAGCUGGGAGGCCUAUGCCAAUGUCAGCUACUACACCCGCGUCCUGCCGCCCGUGCCGGACGACUGCCCCACGCCCAUGGGCACCAAAGGGAAGCUGCAGCUCCCUGACCCCCAGCUCCUGGCAGAGAGGUUCCUGCUGCGGCACAAGUUUGAGGCUGAUCCCCGAGGCACCAACAUGAUGUUUGCCUUCUUUGCCCAGCAUUUCACCCACCAGUUCUUCAAGACAUCUGGGAAGAUGGGACGUGGCUUCACCAAGGCUCUGGGACAUGGGGUGGACCUGGGGCAUUUGUACGGGGACAACCUGCAGCGGCAGCACCAGCUGCGACUCUUCCGAGAUGGGAAGCUGAAAUUCCAGGUGGUGGAUGGCGAGGUGUACCCGCCCACGGUCAGCGAGGCCCCGGUGCACAUGGUGUACCCGUCGGGCGUGCCCCGGGAGCGGCAGCUGGCGGUGGGGCAGGAGGUGUUCGGGCUGCUGCCGGGGCUCUGCGUGUACGCCACGCUCUGGCUGCGAGAGCACAACCGCGUCUGCGACCUGCUCAAGCGGGACCACCCCACCUGGAGCGACGAGCAGCUCUUCCAGACGGCGCGGCUCAUCCUCAUCGGGGAGACCAUUAAGAUCGUUGUUGAGGACUACGUGCAGCACCUCAGUGGGUACUACCUGAGCCUCAAGUUCGACCCCGAGCUGUUGUUUGGGUCCCAGUUCCAGUACCGGAAUCGCAUCGCCGUGGAGUUCAACCAGCUCUAUCACUGGCACGGGCUGAUGCCUGACUCCUUCAUCAUCCAGGGACAAGAGUACAGCUACAAGCAGUUCCUCUACAACACCUCCAUGCUCAUGGACUACGGCGUGGAGGCGCUGGUGGAGUCCUUUUCCAAGCAGGUUGCAGGAAGGAUCGGUGGGGGACAGACCAUCAAUGCCAAUGUCCUGCACGUGGCCGUUGGGGUCAUCAAGGAGUCCCGGCAGCUGAGGCUGCAGCCCUUCAACGAGUACCGGAAAAGGUUUGGCAUGAAGCCCUACAGGUCCUUCCAGGAGCUGACAGGAGAGGAAGAGAAGGCAGCAGAGCUGGAAGAGCUGUAUGGAGAUAUUGAUGCUCUGGAGUUUUACCCAGGCUUGCUGCUGGAGAAACCCCAACCCAAUGGCAUUUUUGGGGAAAGCAUGGUGGAGAUCGGAGCUCCAUUUUCCCUGAAGGGGCUUUUUGGAAACCCCAUCUGCUCCCCAGAGUACUGGAAACCCAGUACAUUUGGUGGAACAACUGGCUUUGAGAUCGUGAAGACGGCAUCCCUGGAGAAGCUCGUGUGCCUCAAUGUGAAGAAGUGCCCGUACGUGGCGUUCCACGUGCCUGACGCUGCAGAGCACGGCGGCCCUCGGGCUGCUGGAUCCUCUACAGAGCUCUAGCAGGGCUGACCUGCCCAGCGAAUGGUGGGCAUGCAGGAACCUGCUGCCCCUGUGCCUGCCCAGCACACGUGCACAGCUGGGAGAAGGAACCAAAGCAGUCUCUCCUGGAGGAGACCAGAGAGAAGCAUGAGGUCAGAUCUCCAGACCUCCUGUGUCGUGCUGGCUUGGACCCUGGCACGUGCCACUGGCUGCCAACCCGGGGCUGCUCCGAGCAAGAUGCUACCUCUGUGCACACAAAGGGAUGGAGUCUCUUCCAUCCCAAAAUCAUCACCCUUCUCUGCACUAACAGCUCAGCAAACACAUCCUCACAGCACACAGAGCCUGCUUCUGUCCUCCUCCCCAAACAGAGCUCAGCCCUUGCCCAGCCCAGCCACGUGGUAGCUGGCAACCAUUGUCACUGGCCUUGAUCCCCAUCAGAUCCUGGUUAAGCUCCAGGAAAAAGGAAAUUUAAAAUAAUAAAUGAUUAAAAAAACUCCUCUAUUUGUGGCUGUGCCCACCAGCACUGUGCUGGGCCAUUGCUGACUGCACCUGAAGCAAUAAAUGGAGCAACUUCUCCCUUAGAAGCUUCCAUGGGGGUCCCUGAGUGUCCUGAGGCAGUUUGAACUUUGCUCCCCUCUGGCCACCUCCCAGCCCUGUGCUGCUCAAAUGCCACAAUUCAGUGUUUGGACACUGCUCUCAGGCACAGGGUGGGAUUGUUGGGGUUGUCCUGGGCAGGGCCAGGGGUUGGACUGUGAUAAUGUUUUGGGUCCCUUCCACAAUUCAGGAUAUUCUGUACUUCCAUGGUGACACUGCUUAGACCACCAUUGUGUAUUUCUCUCACAUAAAAACUAUCCACACACCAA